AUUUCUGUGAGACUGUGUAGGCCUGAAAGAUGUGUACAGCGUUAUUUUAUAGUCGCGAAGAUCUUUAGUUGUAAUUUCAUUUACUGUAGAGCUGCGACACUCCAGUAGCUCCCUAGUCGUGCUGAUAGGGGCGCAACGAAAGGCAGCAGUGGAGUGUUUGCAGAGACGCCACCGCUCCCAUAGUUACGGGGUUCUACCGCAGUUUCAGCGCAAGGUUCCCAGUCCCGUCUCUGGUCCAAAUAGCGACCAGCGGAACGGAUAAUGGGCUUGCUGUCGAUCCUGCGGAAGCUGAAGAGCUCUCCGGAUCAGGAGGUUCGGAUCCUGCUGCUGGGAUUGGACAAUGCAGGGAAGACCACGCUGCUCAAACAGCUUGCGUCUGAGGACGUGAGCCACAUCACUCCCACACAGGGCUUCAACAUAAAGAGCGUUCAGUCCCAAGGCUUUAAGCUCAACGUGUGGGACAUCGGUGGACAGAGGAAGAUCCGACCCUACUGGAGGAAUUACUUUGAGAACACAGACGUCCUGAUCUACGUGAUUGACAGCGCCGACAGGAAGCGGUUUGAAGAGACCGGCCAGGAGCUGGCAGAGCUCCUGGAGGAGGAGAAGUUGAGUGGGGUGCCCCUGAUGCUGUUUGCCAAUAAGCAGGACCUGAUGACCGCGGCCCCAGCUGCAGAGAUCGCUGAGGGGCUGAACCUGCACACCAUCAGAGACCGGCUGUGGCAGAUCCAGGCCUGCUCCGCCGUCACCUCUGAAGGAGUGCAGGAUGGCAUGACGUGGGUGUGUAAGCACAUAUCCACCAGGAAGAAAUGACCAGCGCACGUCAAAGAGGACCAUUCUUUCUCUCUCUCCCUCCCUCUGCUUCCCUCUCUCCGUCACCCCAUCUCUCAACGGAUUCUACUGCAAGCGCUAUAACCUGUACAGCACGACAGAUAACAGAAAGGGAAAAUGUUAUUUAUUUUUCAUACACAGACUGCGGCAGGGCUCCUAGUGUUAGCAAUUGCUACGUAGCGACCAGAGGCUAGAUUAAGUUGCUAGGGAUUGUAUGCUCUGUGGCCGUUCGAACACAGUUUGAUACUAAAGCCCUUUUGGGGGUAUUCCAGAUGUCUUUGAGGAUUACUUAGGACGUUUUUUCAAUACUGUAUUAUUGCAAUUAUAUCUCCUUAUCCUCGUAGAACUAUUAAUACAAGGAAAUGUACAAUUUUGUGAUAUGAUCAAACUUGUCUAUUAUUAUUGAAAGAGAAUGUAAUCUCCAGACUUUGUGGCUUCAGUUUGUUCAGCCAAUCAUAUUAAAGCAGGGAUCAUCCAAUCAUGGUCCUUGAGGGCCGAGAACUGCUGCUUUUCUAUACCUGGGAGUCAGGUGUGAAGACAUUCUGGCCAAUCAGCAGCACUAACUGUUCAGUUAAUUUCCUGCGAUUUCAGGACCAGGGUUGAUGAUCCCUGCAUUAAAGGGUCAAAGGUCAUUGGUGGAUCUGGAUAUCGGUCCACAAUUAAAGUGACUGUAAAGGGACUGGAAAUAGUUGAAAUAAUCAUAAACUAUCACAGAGGGAUGCAUCCACUACACAUCCACCAAAUAUGUAUUCAGUGAUGCAAGUAUAUAAUGACACACAUUUCAAGUCAAACAUAAAAUCUUUAUUGAAAACAAUGUCAGGAUUAAAUGGGUGUGGUCUGGACCACCUCACCACUCCACCUCCCACCUCAUCUCCUCCCAAAAUGCACCACCUACAAGUAAACUGUCCUGGAGAAAGAGGGUGACUGGGAGAUGGGUACUGUUGAUAAAGAGGGGAUUGAGACCGGAAAAGUAGGUAAACGCCCGGGUUCAGGAUCCAAACCCACUGCACCGCCGAGCUCUAGCUACCAAUCGCUCUAUAAAAAAAACUAUAUAUAAUGAAACUAUGGGAGGAGAUAUGCUAUGAGACUAACACAUUUAUUGGCCAUUAGGUCAGGUCCCUCUUGAUGUCAUGAAUAAUCUGGACCCAAUAGCUCAGAGUCUAGUAAUAAAUUAAACUCCAUUUAAACCCACAUAGGAGUCGAUGGGAAUGUUCAGACUGAUAUGUCGAUAUUGCAAUGCAAUUGAUUUCUGUGCUAUUCCUGAUGCUUAAUACAUACCAUAAUAAACCCAUACACUGAAGCCAUUCACAGAUUUACCUUUACAGUCACUUUAAGAACCACUGUUACAGAAAAAUGUGCUUGAUUUGAAUCUUAGUGUAUGACAUCUUGGCUCAGUGUGAGAUGUAAUCCGUGUUGUUUUCUGAGGCUCAUUGAAAUAUAUCACAGGUUGAGAAAAAGUGGACACAGCCAUCGUAAUCCACGCGGCAUGAGACUAAAAUGGCAGGACCACUGCCUCACCACACAGCUGGUUAAAAUAUUUUAAUGUGGUUACAAAUGGUGAUUUAUUUUAUGUGUCCCUCUUUAUAACGGGCCCUUUGAAGUUACUGAUGAAGAUGCUUCGAAUCUGACGGGUUUUGUAAUGAAUAAACGGCUGAAUUUUGA